AUGGUAGCUUGUCAUCGCGCAUUUAAAGACACCACGACCAUGUGUGAAAACACAUCAGACAAGAUCAGCAGAGCUGCUGAGAUCGACGCAAUGGAACCAUGGCACGUAGAUGACGAGCUCAUUCACCUACCCCUCUUCCAUCGUAGCCCAGACGCCCAGCUCAGUGCUUCCUCGUCAGAAUGCGUCGUCGACGGCGACGAGCGAACCAAUUCUGACUAUGGUCAUAAAGCUUUCAAUGCCGGCCAGCAGCUGCCGUUCAUCGUUGAUCUGGCUCGUAACAACGGCCAUGUGCAAAGUCAACGGUUCUCUCACGACACGACUCCGGGCGUCGUCGGUGGCCUAGCGGCGUGGGCAGACCGUGGUCAUUCGUUCGGACACACGGACGAAGGGUCAGCUCAGUUGACCUGCUGUCAUAAACAUGAAUUUACCGAAUAG